UUUGUGGAUUAACUCAUCCAAAUCCACAAACGGUUGAAGUGUCCAACGCCCCUCCAAAUUGCCAACUCCCUUCCCUUCCACAAACGGCUGCAAUGGCACUCCUCCAGCGAUAGCACAACUUUUCAGUAUUAACCUACUGGCCUCGCUCACGCCCGAUUCCUGCUUCCCUGCACCCCGUCUCUCUCCCUUGGGUGGUUCGGCCGGCCAAUCGGCCCAUCUCAAGUUUAACAUUCCGGCCUUCCAUAGUUCAGGUGUUGCUAUUUAUUCUUAUCCAGCGGAUGUAGAUGCACCCCUUGAAGGAAUUUCUUUUUUGGGUGGCCAAUCAUUUGCGAUGAAUUUGUGUUUUGGACCUUAUAUAUACAAACAACACUCUUAUAUCGACAGACCAUUAAAGAUCGUGAGCUUAAUAAUUGUUUAAUUGAUAUGAUCAAACAACGGUUCCACUUCUUUAUUAAAACACAACCGGCUCCUACUAAUACUAAUUAUACAUUUUCGUGAAUACCAAAAGACACCUCAAAUAUCCCACACGUUUAAUACCUUUCUCUCCAUUUAAUGCUAUCCUUAGCAGCACAUAAUAUUCUUGCACGUUUUUUGAAUUUUGAAUACAAAUUCCCUCCCAAACUCCCCACACUUUUCUGUUUUAAUAUAUAUAUAGAUUAAUUUUCAUCGAUAAAAAAAUGGAGUAUAAAUUUUCUUAAAACCCAUUAGUGAAUUCAAAUUAGGAAUUUAAUUUAAUUAAAAAAAACCAAUAUGGAGGUCGGAGGAGAAACCAAAAGAGGCACUAACCUGGUGACGCGGUCCGGAGGUACUAUUUUCCAGUUUUGCACUAUAAAGGUGGUCCGUCAAUCGGAUAACCCAUAUCGUCAGUCUCCACGGCUUCAAAGCAGCUGCUCAGACUCCAUUUCUCGCCACAACCACUGACAACAUUAUGAGUCGGACCGAUGAAAACGGUAUUUUACAUUAUCGUGCGAUGCUGAGCAUCGAGUACAUACGUGUGUUGAAAGUUGAUGGUGAUAAACAUAUCGUUGGUGGCGUGUACGGAACAGUGAAUGUCCAGGACUGGAUGGGCGUGCACAAGGUGUACGACCGGAGUUUAGCCGACUCCGAGAAGAAAGGUCCAGGAGAUGAUUUGACACUAAUUGGCCCUGACUGUUAUUAUGGUGUUAGUGGUUACGACUGGUCCGUUAUUAGUGUCGAUCUACGGGGGGUGGAUCCUGACAUCGAGCUUGCGCAAGGCAAUGUUGUUUGGGAAACAAGAGUAGAAGACAAUCGACAUAACUUUCGCCAAUUAUAACAAACGUUUGGAAAGGGUUGUGACAGGCGAACAUGGCAGUGCCGCGGUGGGUUUCUCCGUCAUGACCUAUGCUCUCUGUGCAACUGUCAAGGUGGUUCUGCUCAAUCACAGCCGUGAUGGUGGAGAAAACCCGGCACAUGUUUAUGGUACAAUCAAGGCAUCCCAACUUAUAGGAGGCUCAUCUACAUCACUCACAUUGCUUGAUAAACCUUCAGACGAGUGUGUUGAAGUCUACCCUAAGUCCCUAAGAACCCUAUUGUGUUGACUCGUUCCAUUGUGGUGGUACCAAUGGACAAUGGUAUAACAAUUAGUGUUUCUCUGUGUGAUAAUAAGGACGGGGAAAUUGCCAAGGGAAGUGUAAGUGUUGAUUGUCUGUAUGGAACUCAAACCAAGAGCAUGUAUGGUCCCGAACAUGGUGAAGUUGAAGUGUCUAUCACUUGUACGUGUGUAACCAAUUGUAAUUGUUACGGAAAGCUUAUAUGUUUGUGAACAUGUUACAAAUGUUAGUAACAUGUUUGUAAUUAUUGUGCAAAACUGCAAAAUAUAAUCAUAGUGCCCGAUAACUAUGAUUUGUCCCAAAGCAAUUACGUUUUUGCCGAUAUUAAUUUUUACAAGAAAUGUAGAAGUCAUGGACAUUAUAAUAACCAAUUGAAUUACUUACUAUACAUACUCACGCAAUUUAUACCGUACACC